CAGGCAGCGUCGGUUGUCGUGCGGUCGAUACACGUUGGCGAUGGCAGUAAACGGUUGCUACCUCUUUGCCGGGGCGCUGUUGUUUAUUCGUCUGUGUUUUAAUAACUUCACCAAGAGCUUCGCUAUAAGUGCGUCCGUAGUAGCGUAGGGACAGCUGAUCAGCUAGGAGGUUGUCAAAUUGUCGUCAUGAUAGCUGCAGUCGUCGCCAUCGCGAGCGUGUAAUUCAUUCGGUCGGCCGGUCAGUAAGCGUGGAGGUCUAUGAGAUUAAUGUUAAAGACGAAAAUUCGUUAAAACAAAUCAACAAUCAAAAGUAGCAAAGCCUGCGAUUUUAAAAUAAGAAGAAGAAAUUAAGUGUAGAAACAAAAAUAAACAAAAAAAAAAAUAAAACAACAAAAAGUGCAAUAAACGUAUUAAUCACUGCUUGCCUGUUUAAUGGGUCGGUGGGUCGUUGUUGGAAAAAAAAAAUAAUGGUGAUAAUGAAUCAACGAAAUUAAACACACAAAACAAAUGCCAAUUCAAAUAGGAAAGGCAACCCAAUCGCAACCCAUAGGUUUGCCAACUAGUAUUUUACAUUUGAAACGGUUAUGACUUCCAUUCCUUCAUCCUCAACAUCGGAGGCGUCCACAAUAUCGUCAGCAUCAUCUUCGAUAUCCAGUGGCAACAAACGCUGGUCCCAACACAUUGUGGCCUCCACCUACGAUGAUGUGUGCGUCCUCUUGAGAUACCAUAGACGUCGACAUUCGGAGGAAAAUCUCUACCAAAGCCAUGCAGCCAGCGACAGCAGAUAUCGCAACUCUUAUGCCACAUUACCACCUCCACAUAACGCAGGCGGCCACAAGAAUAUCGUCAUCAACAGCAGCCACAACAUCAUAAAAUGUAACGACAUCGAUGUGACAGCACGCAUUGGUUGCGGCAAUACGAAACCAGCCACUUCCGUUUUUAAACCAAAUUCCUUCGUUGUGCUACGCAAUGGUCAUGACCGUUGUGAUGGCAACCCACACCCACAACAAAUGCCAUUACCGACGCCCCACUAUCGGCGUGGUGAAAUUCCCCGACGGCGUGUGAUACGUCCCGUAUCAUGUUUUGAGCCCAGUGAUCAUAAAAACAAGGAAUUGAUGAAUGAUAUUAUCACCAGUUGUAAAUUCAAAAAUGGUUUUGGUCCCGCAUCGCAGCAACAACAACAGCAACAAAGCAAUUCAUCACCUACAAAGCGGCCACUAAGUCCCGAUCAUCCCAACCCAGCAUUACCAAUAACAGAGUCUGCUAGUCCUGCUAUGAAUCGUAUGGGAUGGGCAUUGCGGACACUUCUGGUUGCUGAUAACUCAAGCUGUUUAAAGGAUAGAAAAGUAUCUGGGAAACUCAUUCGCAAAUGUGCUCCUGGCACUGAAUUCGUUGAUUGGUUGGUAAAUUUAUCGUCCAUUGUUCAUACCAGAGCCCAGGCGGCUGGCAUGUGGCAAGCUCUACUGGAAGAGGGAAUUUUAUCACAUGUUAACAAGGAGCAACCUUUUAAGGAUAAAUGCUUUCUUUAUCGAUUUCGUGUUGACGAAGAAGGAACCGCUGGCGGUCCACCCUCAACCGAUGAUAUAAAUGCAGCCAAUGAGCAUAUACGUGAAAGCCUAAGCAAUCUUUAUCAGCGAGGUCCAGAUGCUACGCUACGCAUGAUACUGCGCAAAACUUCACAUGAGCGAACACCCGAGGAAUUGGAAUUAGUAUUCGAGGAACUUCUACACAUUGCGGCAUUAUCGCACUUAUCGACGAGCAUUAAACGUGAAUUAUCAUCGAUUAUUGUUUUUGAAGCACAUGCUCAAGCAGGAACCAUAUUAUUCAGUCAAGGUGACGAGGGCCGCUCAUGGUACAUCAUCUUGAAGGGCUCCGUGGAUGUGGUGAUACAUGGCAAAGGUACUGUGGCCACGCUAAAAAGUGGCGAUGAUUUCGGUAAACUGGCUUUGAUUAACGACGCACCCAGAGCCGCCACCAUAGUGUUGAAGGAAAACAAUUGCCAUCUGUUGCGUGUGGAUAAGGAGCAUUUUAAUCGCAUUCUACGUGAUGUCGAGGCAAAUACUUUAAGACUACAGGAACAUGGUAAAGACGUUUUAGUAUUGGAACGUGUGGCAAAACAAAGGGGACAACAUUCAGCAUUCAAAUACACUGUCAUGUCGGGUACACCUUCGAAAAUGUUGGAGCAUUUAUUAGAGACACGUUUGGGUGGCCAAAUAAGUGGUGUCGAUCCAUUCCUCGAUGAUUUUCUGUUAACACACAUUGUGUUUAUGCCAGUGGUCCAGUUGGUCGAUGAAUUGGCAAAUUAUUUCCAUUGUGAUUCCCAUGAUGGCUCACAAACUCCCGAAGAACGGGAUUAUAUACUAAAUUUCAAGAAACGCGUCAUACAAUUCAUGCAAAAAUGGGUAAUGGCCGUACGGCAUGCGGCCUUCGAUGAGCCCAGUGUCUGUGAUUUUAUAGAAGAUUUAGCUGCCGAAGUGGAAGCCGAUCCCGAACUGCAAGAGGAAACCAGUAUUAUACACAAUAUUCUAACACAAAUGGCCCGCUAUCAGGAUGAUCGAAAUCAAAAUGCCGGUCAAAAAUGGAAGCUGCCACCAAAUGGGCAGCCCAUAUGUCUGUUCAGUGGAAAUAUAACACCUUCAAAGACAGUGAUACGACCGGAUGAUGACAUUAUUUUCCGUGUAUAUUGCGCUGACCACACCUACUGCACGCUGCGUUUCCCAUUGCAUACAACGGCGGAAAUAAUUAAAGCCUGUGCCGCAGACAAAUUGCAAUUGAAUCGUGGCCCAGAGGAUUUAAGUUUGGUCGAAGUGAAGUCCAAUGGCGAACGCUCAUUGUUCAAGGAUAACGAUGUCAGCAUACCCACAGGCUUGAGCCUAAAUGGACGGCUCUUUGUAUCUGUAAAGGAUCACAUCGAUGGUUUGACUCCAUUGCCCGAGCAGGAGGGAGCCACCGAAGGCAUUGACAUGGACUUGGAAAUGCUCAGCACCAAAGAGCUGGCCUAUCACAUUACCAUUUUCGAUUGGGAUCUUUUUUGGGCAGUGCAUGAAUACGAACUGUUGUACCAUACCUUUGGGCGCCAUCACUUUGGAAAGAUCACAGCCAACUUGGAUGUAUUCCUGCGACGAUUCAAUGAGCUGCAAUACUGGAUAGUCACGGAAAUGGUGUCGACGCCCAGCAUGAGCAAGCGCGUGGGUCUGCUUAGAAAAUUCAUAAAAUUGGCUGCCUAUUGCAAAGAAUAUCAAAAUCUGAAUGCAUUCUUUGCCAUUGUCAUGGGGCUCUCGAAUAUGGCCGUGUCUCGGCUGCAACAGACCUGGGAGAAGAUCCCUUCGAAAUUUCGCAAACUUUACCAAGAAUUUGAGGCUUUAAUCGAUCCUAGUCGUAAUCAUCGUGCAUAUCGGGUGUUUGUGGGCAAACUUCAGCCCCCGCUAAUACCCUUCAUGCCGCUCUUGCUCAAGGACAUGACCUUUGCCCAUGAGGGCAACAAAACCAGCAUAGAUGGCCUGGUGAAUUUCGAAAAGAUGCACAUGAUGGCCCAGACUAUGCGUACUUUGAGAUUUUGUCGCUCCAGAAGUUUGGGCCUGGAACCACCCUCGCCCAAGAGUGAAGGCGAGGUGCGCUCCUUUAUAAGUUGUUUGCGUGUCAUCGACAAUCAAAGAGUCCUUACAGCUAUGUCACAAAAAAUCGAACCCAGCCGCAAGAUCUAAAUCGCAUUACACCCCCCCUCAUACAUACUCCCCCAUAGCCCUUAAAUACAACCCAAAUAUAGUUUUUUAAGAGCCAAGGCGGCACAAGGCAGACAAAAUUCCCCAUAAAAAAAAAAGUUUAUAUGUAAUCCUUGGAAAAUGUAGUUUAUUUAGUCUAUACCCAGCAGAGAAUAUUUUUUAAGCAUUACCUAGUAUGUGUUGAAAUUGUUUUUAUUUGUGAUUAGAAUUUUAGAGAUAUAUUAAAAAUUUACUAUGGACAACAAAAAGAAGAAAAACAAAAACAAACAAAACGUUUCUGACAACAACAAGAAAAAAUGUAUUUUAAAAUAUUAUAUGUGAUAAUAACGAAUUGAUAAAUGAAACUUUUUCUAUACUCCCUUCAAAUGGGUCUAAGCUUUACUUUUUAGUCUCUCCCUCUCUCACUCAAAAUCUCUCCUUAGCUAUACCUCUUAGGUUUUGUUUAAAUUUAAAUUAAAAAAGACUCUCUUGAAAAUUUUUGUUAUGCCUAAUUAUUAGGAGCCUUGUUGAGAAAAAAACUGAACUAAACAUAUGGAACUUUUACAAGUCCACACAAGUACUGGGUCACAACUUUCCCCUAAAAGCAACGAACAACUUUCCCUGCCACUUCAGGAAAAAUCGAUGGUUUAUAAUUUUAGAUAGAACUUCGCACAACAGGUGUCUAUGGGAUAUUCCUUUUUUUCGUUCUCCCAGAGUCCAUUAGGGGGGGAAAACCGCCGCUGAAAAAUUUUUUUCUGAUGGUCUCACCAGGAUUCGAACCCAGGCGUCCAGCGUCACAGGCGGACAUGCUAACCUCUGCGCUACGGUGGCCUCCAGUUCUCUUUUAGAAUGUUUAAAAUCGUAUUUUAUAUUGUACUAGCCGAACCGGGCCCGCUCCGCUGCGCCUUCUUUAAGUCUCUAACAACUUUUUAGGGUGGGGACACUUCGCCCUGAAUGCGGAUAUCGAAUUCGUGCCAUUGUAGCCUAUGACGUUGAACGCGUUCGAAUCCUGGCGAGAACAUAGGACAAAGCGGUGUUUAUCCCCUUUUAAUGUUGGCGACAUUUGCGAGGUAGGGUCAUUUAAAAAAAUUUCCCCAAAGAGGUGUCGCACUGCGGAACGCCCUUUGGACUCGGCUAUAAAAAAGGUCCCUUAUCAUUGAGCCUGAACUUGAAUCAGAAAGCACUCAUUGAUGUGUGAGAAUUUGCCACUUCUCGGUUCCUGGUGGUAAUGUUCUUUUUUAGGGUAAGAUUCUCCUUAGAGGAGAGAUGGCACCUCCGACAUUUCGACUCAAAUAUGGAUAUCAAAAUCGUGCUGCACUUCCAAAUCUCUUUAAUUUGAGCCCCAUAUUGCCAUGACCGGUAAAUAUAAUAUGAACCGUUUGGAGGGUGUUUUGGAUCUGGGGCGGCCACCGGCACUUUGCACUGAAAAUAGAUACCAAAUUCGUUCUUUAUUCCCAACGGAAAUGAAGUUCAGUUAAGGCGGUGCUUUAGGGCGUACUCCAAAACACUUGGUUCCAAAAUUGGAUAUCAAAUUCGUUUUCUACCCUCAAAUACCUAUCAUUUAAGUCCCAUACUGUCCUAAUGGGUCAAAUAACGCAUUUGAAGUAUCUUUAGGAAGAAACGCACCACCUAGACUUGAGCGCUAAUUUUAAUGUCAUAUUCGUUGGCUACUCCCUAAAACCUUUCAUUUGAGUCCCAUAGAGCGCGCUGGGUACUUGGACCCAAAUUUUAAUAUCAUAUUCGGUUUAAUGGUCUCCAAUACCUGUCAUUAGAUAUCCUCAUUGUGCCCAUCGCACCACCUAAGUGGAUGGCGUUUUUGGGAUAAGUGGGAGGGUUCGCCUCCACCCGAUAUCUAAAAAUUAUAUAGCCUAUGUUUCCUUCCAGACAAACGUAAGGGGUUUUGGGGCUGCGGCGGCCCCCAGGUAUUUGGACCCAACUUUUGUUACGAUUAUAUAUUAAAUUCGUAAUUUACUCUUGAAUACCCUUCAUUUGAAUUCCAUAUUGUCCCGAUCGGUCCACUUUUAUUUUUGGGUAGUACUUUUUGGGUGAGGGGAAGAGUCCGCCACCACCCGAUAUAUAAAAAUUAUAUAGCCUAUGUUUGCUUCCAGACAAACGUACACAAUCUAUGAAAAUUUUAAGAAAAUCGGUUCAGCCAAGUAUCAUGUAGCCAUAAUGGGUCUAAUGUCGUUUUUGAUGGGUGGUGUGACUCCCUAUACUUCAAUCUGAUUUUGUAUGCCAGAUUCGAAAUCAACUCCCUAAUACCUUCCAGUUGAGCGCCAUAUUGAAAUGAACGUCCAGUCCCAUGGCAGCCGGUUGUAUGUACCGGAUUGACCCGAUGUAUUCCGUCAUCGGCAAGGGCUGCCGCCUCAGUGAACCACACACUGCUACUACAACGACAACAACAUGAACGUCCAAUAUGUCUGUUUGGGGGAGUUUUGGGGCUGGGGCGGCCCAAUGGGUACUAAGACUAGAAUUUCAUACCAUAUUCGAAAUCUACCCUACAAUACCUUUUAUUUGAUACCUAUAUUGUCCCGAUUGAUUUUGGGUUGUGUUUUUGGCACAAGGGGAAGGGUUCGUCCCCCUUCCGAUACCGAAAAAUUAUAUAGCCUAUGUUUCCUUCCAGACCAACCUACACAAUAUGCGAAAAUUUCGAGCAAAUCGGUUCUGCCGUUUUUCAGUCCAUAUAUCCGUGAUUGGCUAAUGUGCCCAUUUUGGGCGUUUUUGUGGGGGUGGGGUGACCCCCUAUACUUCAACAUGAAUUUGUAUGCCAGAUUCGUUAUCUACUCCCGCAUACUCUUCAUUUGAUACCCAUAUUGUCCUUAUCAGUCCACUUUUGAUUUUGGGUGGUGUUUUUGGAAUAACGGUGGAGGGUCCGCCCCCUUCCGUUAUUAUAUUAUAAAGCCUAUUCCCACUUCCUGACCAUAUUCGUAAUCUACUCCCGAAUACCUUUCACUUGAGUCCCAUAUUGUCAUAAUCGUCAAAUAAACCUAUUUUAAGGGGUUUUGGGGCUGGGACGACCCCCCAGGUAAAUGAACCCAACUUUUAUUAUGAAAUUCGUACUCUACUCUUAAAUACCUUUCAUUUGAAUUUCAUAUUGUCCCGGUCGGUCCACUUUUAUUUUUGGUUAGUACUUUUGGAGUAAGGGGGAAUGUCCUUUCAUUAGAGUCCCAUUUUGCCCAUGAACAUUCCCCUAAGGAACAGGGGCAAACUUCUCACAUAUCAAUGAGAGCAGUACGAUUCAAGUUUAAGCUCAAUGAUAAGGGGACUACUUUUUAUAGCUGAGUCCGAACGACGUGCCGCAGUGCGACACCUCAAUCAAUUUUGGGACAAAGUUUCUGGGGGUCCAUCCCUUCCCCAAAACAACCCCCAAACAGGACUUAUUUACUGACCAUGGCAACAUGAAGCUUAAAUAAAAGGUAUUUGAGUGUACAAUACGAAUCUGAUAUCAAGAUUCAAACAAGAGUUAUUUAAGAGUAGUCCACGAUUAUGGUAUUUCAAAGCCAAGUCACUAAGUGACCGCCCCAUCCCCCAAAACGGACAUGUUUGCCGACUGCGGAAAAAUGGAGCUCAAAUGAAGGGUAUUUGGGACCAUGAAUCUGAUAUCAACAUUCGGUUCCAACUGUCAAGGGGACGUCCCACCACCAUAACAACCCCCCAAGUAGGACGUAUUUGCUCACCAGGACAAUUUGGGUCUUCAAGACAGAGGAGCUCGAUAUUCAUAGUUUUUAGGACCCAUACCCCAAACCGGUCAUAUUUGCUGGCUUUUUCAAUAAGGGCUUUAAGUGAAUGGUAAUUUA